UCCCACCCGGCAUUCAUUCCCCCCUCGCGCUGCCUUGUUCCUCCUCUCUCGCCGUUCCAUCUCUCUCCAUCUCUCAUCUUCGUCCUUGAUCAUCCUUGCGCUCACUCCUCUCAUCAUGCAUCUCGGCACGCUCCUUACCCUCCCCCUUCUCGCCGCCGCUGUCCCCGCUGCUCCCCUCAGCGGACAGGCGCCUUUCCAGCCCGCGUCCUACGACCCUGAGAUCUCGAUCGACCUCGACCUCGACGACCUCCGUCUCGUUCGCUUUGCCGAGAACGAGCAGCCCGUAUGGGUCACCGAGCUGCAGAAGAUUGAGGCCAAGGCAGCAGGGCGUAACUUUAUGGACAUCACCGACACGCCCAAGCUCGGCAUGUCCAGGUUUUUGCGGCCCAAGAAGGCGUCCAAGCACAAGUACGCUAAGCCGGGCAAGCAGUCCAAGGAGGUCAAGAGCUUCCAGAAGAACAUUGAUGUCAAGCACAUGGAAAAGUUCCUCACAAAGUUCACUGGCUUCAAGACGCGCUACUACCGCUCUCAGACCGGCAAGGACUCGCAGCGCUUCCUGCAGGCAACCUUGUCCGAGAUUAGCAACUUGCACGAGGGCGGCGGCAUCAAGGUGUCCGAGUUCCCUCACUCGUGGGGCCAGAACUCGCUCAUCGUGCGCUUCCCUGCCGAGAACCCCAAGGGGCCCGUGACCAUUGUCGGCGCCCACCAGGACAGCACCAACAUGUGGCCUUUCCUUCCCGCGCCUGGCGCUGAUGACGAUGGGUCUGGUACAACGUCCAUUCUCGAGGCGUACAAGUCGCUCGCUGCCGGCAACUUCACCUCGGCCAACCCUGUCGAGUUCCACUGGUACUCUGCUGAGGAGGGUGGACUGCUGGGCUCGCAGGCCGUUGCUAAGGACUAUGAGGCCCGCGGUGUCGAUGUCAACGCCAUGAUUCAGAUGGACAUGACCGCAUGGGUGAAGCGUGGCACCGACGAGGUCAUUGGCAUUGUUACCGACUUUGUUGACCCCGACCUUACCUCAUGGCUCUCAAAGGCCGUCGACACGUACUGUGACAUCCCUGCAGUGGAGACCAAGUGCGGUUACGCGUGCUCGGACCAUGCGUCCUGGACGCAGGCUGGGUACCAGAGCUCGUUCUCGAUCGAGAGCAGCUUUGAGGACUCUAACAAGAACAUCCACUCGACCAACGACCGGAUGGACAUUUCGGACGAGUUCUCGAUCAAGCACAUGGCGCAGUUCUCCAAGCUUGCCAUUGCGUUUGCCGUUGAGCUCUCGGCGUAAUGUGGGCCGAGCUGCAAGAUAACAUUCUCCGAGUCGGCGACUGGCUUCGCCGAUGACACAUUUAUCUACGUUCAUUUUCCGCCCGCCAUCCCUGUCAUCUCCUCUGUCCAGUCAAAGACGUCGCUCCCUGCAUGCCUGCUGCGCCAGGCUCGGUAGAACAGUACACCGCACGAUGUAUUCAGAAGUCAUGGAAAGAGAGAG